AUGGAAGAUCUCAGGUAUGAAUUCAAUGACCCCUAUGAAUGUUCCAUUGAUCCAAGUUUCUUCAUUAUGAGUAACCCUACACUAGACGAUUUAGCCAUUAACAUUGGACCCACUUCAAUGUCCCAAGAAAAUCCAACCAAUUUAUCCAUUAAUAACAAUAAUCUAACCUACCAGAAUCACCAUGCAGUAUUUCAACAGGAACAUAGUACUAACUUUAAUGAUCAUUUUUCCUCUCCACUAUUCCAACAAAAUCACCAUGGUAGUAAUACUAAUAAUGAUCCAUUUAAUUACACUACAAUGUCUCAAGAAAAUCACCAUGAUAGUGUCAGUGAUUCAUUUUUCGAUGGAAUGCCACAACAAAUGCAUGAGGAUCAACGAAUUCAACCGGUAAAUCAGAUUCCGAUUUUGCCGAACCAAACCGAUGCAAUGACACUUGAUCAAUGGCCACCCGCACCAAUCCCAUAUUUUUGCAGUUGUUGUCAAGUUCUCAGAGAAAUCAUACAUGCUAAUGGUGUUCAAUUUGAAAAGCUUGAGAUUCAUGGAAGGCUAGGUUUGAUUACACAUGCAAUUCAUCAUCAGACACCUGUUAAUGGAAACCCACCAAUCAACCAAAUGAUUGAUUUUAGCAUGAGAAACCUUGAUGAAAUAAAGAAAUUUCUGGCGCAAUACUGCAUGGAUCGUAUUUUAGCAGGAUAUUUUAUUCUACAAGAUCCCUUGUCUUCAUAUUACGAGACUCUUUGCACUGGACUGGAUUGGAUUGAAGAUUUUAACAUUGAGGGUCUUGAUAAUAAUAAUCAAAAUAAUUCAGAUGAGAUGGUAGAACAAGAGCAAAUGUGUGAGAAUGGAACCCCUACCAUAACAGUUGAUAAAAAGGACCUAUCAGAACAGAGAAAAAAAGCGGGAAAAUUGACAUUGAGUGAUUUAUGCGAUCAUUUUCAUCUACCUAUUGAGGAAGCAUCGGAAAAGGUGGACUUCUGUCCAACAGUUCUCAAGAAAACAUGCCGCAAAGCAGGAUUAACAAGAUGGCCUCACAGAAAGGUGAAAAGCCUUUUGAAGCAGAUAGCGUUGCUAGAAAGUCAGUUGGAAAGACGAGAUGCGGCGACAAGGGGAAGGAGUGAAAGGGAUAUUAGCGAGCUUAAGGAAGAAAUGAUUAGGCAUUGUGGUGGACUUAUACCAACGGCCAUGUAUAACAUCGCUGCCUUCUUGCCACCGCAACAUCAGCAACUUAGGCUUCUCGAAGUUGGCAUUUCCUUUGACACAGUUAACUCUAAAUGGUCAAGCUUAUAUUUGGGAUGUGCAUUUUUAAGAGAGUUUUCAAGAACUCAAGAGGAAGUUGACGUCUGCUCCAGUUUUGAUUUUGUCGAGUUCAGAUUUGAAGUGUUCAGUGGUCACGGGAGUUUGAAGUUCUUGUUCGAUCAUAAGGAGUUGAAUAUGAGACAGAGGAGAUGGCUUGAAUUUUUGAAGGACUGUGAUUUUUGCUUGAGUUACCAUCUUGGUAAAGAUGGAGAAGACAUUGAUGACUUUGAAGAAAUAAUGAAAGAAUUUGACACUGAUGACAAGAUGCAGCAAGCGUCUAAUGAUUUUGAAGAUGAUGGUGAUGAUGACUGA